GUUAUGGGUGGGUGUGGUCUAAGACUGUCAUUAUAUGUAUAGUUCCUUGUCUCGCCAUUGUCAAACAUACAUACAUUCAUUCACUUGCAUUUAUUUGAAAUACGAUUGCCAUGGAGAAUAUUGAUGAAGUUUCAGCAGUACCAAGAGAGCUUGAAGAAGCAUUGAAGAACAACAGCUUGACCACAGCUGCAGGCAAGAUUCAAGAUUAUUUGAAGGAGAUUAAUAAUGUGGAGCUGAAUAUUGCUGUCACAGGUGAGACAGGCUCCGGUAAAUCUACCUUUGUCAAUGCGUUCAGAGGCAUGAAGAAUAAUGAAGAAGGAGCUGCUCUAACUGGUGUGGUGGAAACCACCAUGGAGGCAAAGGCUUACCCCCACCCAAAAUACCCAAAUUUGAAAGUUUGGGAUCUCCCUGGUAUUGGCACCUCUAACUUCAAACCAGAAGAGUACCUUCAGAAAGUUGAAUUUGAUCGUUUUGAUUUCUUCAUCAUAGUCUCAUCAGAGCGAUUCAGAGCCAAUGACAUUACUCUGGCCAAGGAGAUCCAGAAGAUGAAGAAGAAGUUCUACUUUGUUCGCUCCAAGAUAGAUAACGACAUGAAGGCUGAGGGGAGAAAAGAGAUGUUUGACCAAGAUAAGACACUGGAAACAAUCAGACAAUACUGCAUCAAAGGGCUUGAGGAUCAGGGUCUGGGCUCUCCUAAGGUCUUUCUCAUCUCCAGUUUUGACCUUGGUUACUACGAUUUCCAUGACUUUGAGGAGACAAUAGAGAAAGAGCUUCCUGACCACAAGAGGCAUGUACUACUGUUGUCCAUCCCUAAUAUAACCCUGAAAAUCAACCAGAGGAAGAAGGAGGCUUUCAAAGCCAACAUGUGGAGGCUAGCUUUUGUAUCUGGCGUUGUGGCAGCAAUACCUAUCCCAGGUCUUUCCUUUGCUGUAGAUGUAAGCAUCUUGGUAAUUGAGCUCAAGAAGUACUAUAAUGCUUUUGGUCUUGAUGAUGAGUCCCUGCAGAGCCUAGCUAACAGAAUGAAUGUGCCAGUGGAGGAGCUGAAAGCAGUCCUCAAGUCACCUCUGAACAAAGAAAUAAACAAAGAUGUGGUUGUCAAGUUGCUUCAAAGUUCAGUUAUCGCAGGGGUAACGGUGGUUGAGUACCUGUUCAGUAACAUUCCUAUUGUCGGCAGCUUAACUGCCAUAUUGAUUUCCUUUGGUACAACCGAGUACAUGUUGAGGAAGUGUCUGAAUGAGCUGGCUGAUGAUGCACACAAUGUUCUGAUGAAGGCACUGGCCAAUGAGUGAGAUAAUGUUCAAUAUUGAAUUGCAAGCUAGAUCUGUGUUUGCGUUCUUUCUUGAAUACUGUCUUCAAACAAGGAAAUGCUGAUAAGUAGAUAAUUAAAUUAUGCUACUUGAAAAUAAAUGUUCAAAUGUAAUUGAUCAAUGGGACAGUAAGGUCACAAUAGUUUUAAUAUAGGUUAGCACAAUAUAACCUUACUGCAUUAGAUGGGAAAUUCAUAUUGAGAUCUACAGCUUUUUACUCAUAGUAAAUUUACUCUGAAAAUAUAUAUUCACAGAAAAUACACUUGCUUUUACAAUUUAACUCCAGUAUAAUCUAAUCCUAGCCUUUUGAGAACCAAAUUGGAUGUGCUUUGAAACAAUUGCAUGAUAUUUGAACAUGACUCCCUCUAGAAAGUGGAUUUGAAAAUAAUCCUAGUUUAGAAUGAACCAGUGUUAAUUGUCUAUAUAUAAAUUGUGUUUUUACCCAACAUUACUCAUUCAGUACAUAGGUUCUACAUGAGAACAAAUUAUUGACCAGUUUCCUGUGUUCUCUUCUGAAUCACAUUCAUCUUUAUCUAAAACCGUCACUCUUUACUUUCCCAUAUUAACUAGUGCAAUAUUGCAGUUCAUGAGCAGACCGCCACACUAUUUAGCUGGUCAACAGUUUUAGUGUUGGUCAUGCAAGGCAGUAGAUGGUAAUGAAAGGAAUACCUAGUCAGUUGUACAACUGAAAUGUGUCUUCCGCAUUUAGCCCAACCCCUCUGAAUCAGUAGAUGUAAACUAUAAAUAAAACACGAGGUUCAGUAAUGCACAUGACAUAUUAUAGAUUUGUAGACUGUAAAUAGAGGGUUUUAUGAGCCUUACAGCAGUUAGUGGCACUGACAGAACCUUAUCAAGUACAAAAACGUCUCUCGAUCUAUAACAUCCCACUCAAUGAACAAUAGUUACACUUACUGGAUGAUGUCACUCCACUGUUUAAUUAUUACCCUUCAGUCCUUUCUGGGUUGGUUUUUAUUAUCUAUUUACUUUUCAAAACUUAAACCCUACUUAUUAAUAAAUAACAUUGAAGGCGUAAGUGAGACAACGUGUCCCAAUGCUUGGCACUGUGGGAAUGUCUUCACUACUACCUACUGACCUCCGCACUUAACAGCCUGAGUCAGGGCGUAGCACUUGAGACACCUGUCACUGAGUAGACCGAUGGUCAGUUAUUUAAAAUAUUUUACCACUCACUAAAAAUACAUGCAAAAGGGUUGAUCUGACAUCUGUUUUUUCAUAUUUUGUGUAAUGAAAUAAAUGCAGAGUGACAUUUACUGCUUUCGGGGUUACUUAUUUACACCAGUCAAUUAAAUAAUUGUUAUUAUGAUGUAUUCUGUACGUUUAGUGAAGGCAAUGUGUAAAUGUGAUUUCAUUGUUAUGACUUUCUCUUUACAUUGAUCAAAAAUAAAUGUUCAAUGUUCAACA